AUGUCCAAACUUGACAGUUAUCACAUGAUGAUAGUUUCGGGGUAUUUUAAUACCAUCAAAAACUUCAUCAAUCUCGAGUUUGUAUGCAAGAAGUUCAAUGACAACAUGAAGAAGUUUCACUUCAACCCAAUUCCAAUCACCAAAUUUACAAUUAAACACCUCCCAAAUAUCGAGACACUUCAUUUAUGGAAGAAAUAUAAUGAAAAUUUUGGGAAUGGAUUUAUAGUCAAUGUGGAGGAUGGUGAUUAUGAAUAUUAUGAAGAAGUAAACAAAAGAAAAAGCGUAACUGAAAAGAAAGUGUUUUACCAAAUUAUAGCAUGGUUCGAAGUUGAUUACGGAACCGUUGUCAAAAACAGUAGUCUAAACAUCAAAUUUAAAAAUGUGAUUUAUACCAAAAAUAACACAAAAGUAUAUGGUUUUAAAAUACCACAAUGCAUUGGAUCGUUACAAGAUAAUUGUUUCGAGAAAUGUGAAAAAUUAAAGAGUAUAAUCAUACCUCCAAAAAUCAGAUCAAUCAGUUCUGGUUGUUUUGAUGGAUGUUGUAAUUUGAGCAAUAUAGAAAUCCCAACAAGUGUGAUAUCAUUUGGUAAUUUUUGUUUUUGUAAAUGUAGCAAUUUGAGUAAUAUAGUUAUACCACCGAGUGUCUCAUUUAUUGGUGAUAAUAGGUUUGAUAAAUAUAGUAGUCUUAGCAGUGUGUUGAUGUCAUGGGAGAUCAAAUCAAUGGAAAGGGGUUGUUUUACUGGAUGUAUAAAUCUAAACAGUGUGACAAUACCAUCGAGUGUAACAUCAAUAGGUGAUUGUUGUUUUUCUGGAUGUUUAAGUCUGAGUAAUAUUGAAAUUUCGACAAGUGUCACGUCGAUUGGAGAUUUUUGUUUUAAUGGAUGUAGCAGUCUUAGUAUUCUGACUAUACCAUCGAGUAUAUUAAAACUUGGCAAUAGUUGUUUUUGUAAAUGCAGUUCUCUUAAAAAUAUAAAUAUACCAUCUACUAUCGAAUUGAUUGACGAUAAAUGUUUUAGUGGAUGUAGUAGUUUGAGUAGUAUAGUAAUACCAACAAGUGUCACAUCAUUUGGUUAUUAUUGUUUUGAUGGAUGUUUAAGUCUGAGCAAUAUUUUAAUACCAACAAGUGUCACGUCAAUUGGAGAUGAAUGUUUUAAUGGAUGUAAAAAUCUAAGCAGUGUAACAAUACCAUCGAAUAUCACUUUGAUUAGUAAUUAUUGUUUCAAUUUAUGUAGAAGAUGUUUUGAUGGAUGUUGUAAUCUGAGCAAUAUAGAAAUUCCAUCAAGUGUGACAUCAAUUGGAGAUGAAUGUUUCAAUGGAUGUAGCAGUCUUGGUAGUGUGACUAUACCAUCAAGUGUCACGUUUAAUGGUGAUAAUUGUUUCCCAACACAUACCGCUAUUAUUCAAAAAAGUAAUUAA